GGGGCUUGAUACGCGAGUGCCCAUUGUCCUUGUACCUCGCGUUCAAGAAAUUCCCAAAUCUUCGAGGAGCAUAACAUGAACCUCAAAAGGCUCUGUUUAUGCUGCCAAGGCCACCUUGUUGCCUGAGCGAUUUUGCGACCUCAUCAACAAGCCAAGUUCGACUCGCGCCCCAUUGCGACUCCCGCUUCUUAUUAGACACCCCAUUUCGCAGACAUCCCACCCUUCGUAGCGGACCCUGUCGCAUUCUUUCGUCGCAUCGCAUUGCACAGCUACACGACACAUGUCAGCAUACUGCAGAUCGACAGAACGGGGCCCAACAUUGGCAUCUUAGCUCUUACCGAGACUGCCCAGCUACCAAACAAAAAAUGGGUGGCUUACCAUUCAAGCGCACCGUGCCGCGCAAGUCCGUCGCCGAGACCACUGUAACACAAGCCGAGCCCAAAGAAGAAAGUGCCCUGGAUUUAUUCCAGUUGCGCAGGGACAAGACAUGGUUUGACGAGAGAGAGAAGAAGGCCGCCGAGAAGGCUGCCAAACAGGACAAGGCGCGCAGAGAGCGCCUUGUCAAGGAAGAUCAAGACGUAGAGGAGCAACUCUCCCGUGAAUCGUCUGAAAUCCAGACAGGUUCUAGGAAGGGCAAGCGACCAGAGAGGGGGCGACGCGGCUCCAAGCGGACUCACAUGAACAUAUCGAGUGACGACGAGGACGCCUCAAUGUUGACCUCGCCUGUGCCGCGGAAGGCAUCGCGGGUCGACGCCAAAUCCCCAAGCAGAUCAAGGGACAGUGUUCCGGCCGAAUCCACACCAAUCACCUCACGUUCAUCCAGAUUAAAGUCUUCAUUGCCGGCGGCUACCCAAGUCAUUUCCCUCGAGGACAGCGACGAUGAUCUCUACACAUGUACACCGACCAAAUCAAGGGGCCGAGAGAGAGUCACAGUGAUAUUGGAUGAUGACUUCGAUGUUCCGGUUCCAGGCCUCGUCGAUCAUGACAGUGACGGUGAAGACAUGAUGCAAUCGAGCAACGACCCACCGCCUCCUGCUGACGAUGUCGGAGCUGCGUAUAUUCGAGCCGCGCAGGAGCGGGCCAGAAAGAGGGCCGAAGAGGUAAAGGCGCGCGAAAGUCGGGGCGAUGCCAUUGCCGAGAUCCUUGUGGAAUCGCGCCUGGAGGGCAUCUCUAAUUUGCGAUUGAGGAUACAGGUCAAUAAGCCAUUAACACUUGUGGUCGAGUCGUGGCGUGGCAAAGUGCGACACGACUCCAAUAUCAGUGCGGAUGUACUCAACAGCAUGUUUCUGACGUGGAAAGGCGCCAAGAUCGUCGAGCUGCUCACGCUUGAGAGAAUGGGCGUGACGCCAGAUAAAGAGGGCAACCUCUACUCCACGUCGCAGAGCCUCCAGGAGGGAUUCCAGGGCUGGAACAAGGUUCAUUUCGAGGCUUGGACCGAGGACCUGUUCAAGCAAUAUCAGAUCGACCGCGAGAGGGAGCGUCGCCGCAACCUCGGAGAGAUCGUUGACGAGCCUGAGGACGACGAGUCGCUCCCGCAGCCCCCACAGGAAAGGAAGGUCAAGAUCAUCCUCAAGUCCAAGUCCUACGAGGACCAGAAAAGGUCGGUACCCGAAAGCUGCCCGAUCGCCAAGAUCAUUGCUGCUUUCCGCAAGACCGCGAAGGUGCCUGGCGACAAGAUUGUCGAAGUCGUCUUGGACGGCGAGAUCUUGGAGUCAGAUACUGAGAUCAAGGAUCUCGACCUCGAAGACAUGGAUGUCUUGGAGGUGCAUGUCAAAGAUGCACAGUGACAGGCGUGCUGGGGAAGAGUGAAGGAAUCACCAUGCUCGGCGAUGGUAGGUUGCUUAAUGGCGUUCGUUAUCAAGGUCACCAGGUAGUCAAAAGGCAAGCAUUGCAGGUUGGCUUUUGAGCAGAUUGCGGAUUGUCAUGUCACGAACUGAUGAGGGCCGGAGGGUGGUUCACCUUGGCGGAAAGAUUUUGUGGUUAGGCGUUUUACGAGUAUGAUACCCUUUGAAGUGCUAU